AUGCCUACAGAUCAAUCCACUAAGCUGAUACCUCAAAAACUUCGUAGAAACGAACGUGAACGAAAGCGAGUCGAUCAGGUUAAUCAGGGUUUCAAUCAACUUCGACUACGUGUACCGCGACCACAUGGCUCAAAACAUAAGCUGUCUAAAGUGGAAACACUUCGUGAAGCCACACGUUACAUUGAGCAGCUCCAUGCACUUCUUCAACAAAGCAACUAUACAUCACCUAGCCAACAGCAGCAACGAAUGCUCGUACAACAACAAUCCUACUACAGUAAUACUUCGAGCGAUGUUUCACCGUACUAUCCAUCACAAGUGAAAUCCGACUUCUCACCGGCAUCAUCGUACUACACUACAACCAAUCCGCUGCCUAAUCUUAUCUUUUGCUUAUUGAUUUGCAUAUUUGAAUAUAUUUAUAAUCUUGUUGGUUAUAUACGCGUGACAUUCUGCGGCAAUGGUUCAUCCUACUGCCCUUUGCACGCCUUGUUCGACAAGGGGCUACAGAAAGAAAAUACAAUGAAACGAGCAAUCGAUGAAAAAAAGCGGAUAGACAAACGACAAUCUUCUAUGGACGUUAUGAAUCUGUUUAUGAUUCUGAGGCUAUCGGAUGAAGUGGAUAAAAAGAAAAAAGUGAAUCGAUGUCGACGGAUUAACCGGAUUAAAUCUUGGCUUGCUACUGAUGGUGUGAGUAGUAACGAUGGAAUAGGAAACUGUAAAAGAGAACUGGAGAAGGGUUGUUCACCAAGGGUGCUUGGUGAUCUCUACUUACAUCUCUUGCCGUUUCCAUCAUUUCUUAUAUUCGCCACUUCAUUCUUGUGCAACCGUAACCCCGAAGUGAUUUGGUCGGUGUUCUCUCUUUACCAUCUGUUGCGCAAUCAGAAACAUACGCUGAUGACUCCUUUACAUCGCCAUGUCAGUGCUGCACAGAAGCGGAUCCAGAAAUCGGCUAUCACUCUUAGUGGACCUAGAAGAGGGCAGCACCUUCGCAUAGUCAGAAACUCUGAGCUGGGAAACGCUACCACUGAACAAUUGAGAAGUGGCACUGCCGUCAGCGAAGUGCAGUCGUUCGAACGAGAUGUCGAGGUGUCGAACCAAGGAAUUCGAUGUGAUUGA